AUGAAUACGUAUCUCCCACGAACCGCCGUCUUAAGAGGAAGUCACCUCAUUUCAAAAAGCUACACUCGAUACGCAAUACGUAGCCGGCCCGCUCCCCGUGCCGCACCACAGCACAUACACACGAGCGUCUGCCAGGCCCGUCAUCUCGACAGCCGCAUAGCCAACGAGCAGGCAGCUAGUGGCGCCACGAUGGAUAUCCAAGAUCAAAUCAUGAACAAGGUCGAGAACCAGGAAGGCAAAAGGGGAGGAGGCGCACGGAAAAGCCGUGGCGGACGCAGUGGUGGCCGCUCCAGCGACGUCUCGCGUGCGCUGUCACGACUGCUGAGGCACCAGGCCGAGAAUGCCGGUAUUGCGCUCGACGGCGAGGGAUAUGCGCCUCUUGAUCAAGUGCUGCAAUGGGGCCCUCUCAAGUCCCUCGGCGUCACGCUCGCCGACGUGCAAGACGUCGUCGCCACCAACGAAAAGCAGCGCUUCUCCCUAAAACCCAAGCCAUCGUCACCAUCCCCCUCCAGCAGCAGCCCCAGCGAAUACCUGAUCCGCGCCAACCAGGGCCACUCGAUCAAGCUCGAAUCCUCGUCGCUGCUGGAGCCCCUGACGCUCGCCGCCGGCAACGUGCCCGCGCGCGUCGUCCACGGCACCUACUACGCCUUUUGGGAGCCCAUCAUCGAGGCGGGCGGGCUCAGCGUCAUGGGCCGCAACCACAUCCACUGCGCGGCCGGCACGCCCGACGAGGGCGUCGUGAGCGGCAUGCGCCGCGACGCCCAGCUGCUGAUUGAGAUUGACGUGGCGCGCAGCAUGGAGGCGGGCAUCUCGUGGUGGCGCAGCGACAACGGCGUCAUCCUGACCGAGGGCGACGCUGACGGGCUGCUCGCCGUCGACUUCUUUCGCCGCGUGCAGGGCCGCGAUGCGCGUGUCGGCGUGCUCUGGGAGAAUGGCGUAGCGGUGGCCCAGCUGCCGCCGGACGUGAAAAGGACGGUGCCCACCGGCAAGGGCCCCAGAGGAGGCGGUGGAGGAGGCAGAGGCCGCGGGGGGAGGGGGAGGGGAGGAGGCGGGAGAGCGGAGAGCGGUAGAGGUGGACAGGAGCAAUGA